AUGGGCAAGCGCAAGUCGUCAAGCAAGCCCCAAGGCCCCAAGAAGAAGGAGAAGCUCCCGACCAUCUUCCAGUGUCUCUUCUGCAACCACGAGAAGUCUGUUUCUGUCUCCAUCGAAAAGAAGUCUGGCGUCGGGAACCUGCAGUGCAAGGUCUGUGGCCAAACCUUCCAGACCAACAUCAACUACCUCUCUGCUCCCGUCGAUGUCUACGCCGAUUGGAUGGAUGCUUGCGAUGCGGUAGCGAAGGAGGCCGCAAGGGGCAAUGCGACAACUGAGCGGUCGACAAAUCGAAGUGGAGCGCUGCCUAAAAUGACGGAUGUUGACGAAGACGGCUUCAUUGAACAGGACGAUGUAGACGCCGAGGGCGAAUAUGCAGACUGA